UCAUUGUUAUGGAUCACAGGGCUGUCGGAUGUGCCUGGAGAAGCAAUGGUAAAGUCUUAUUGCCCCAAGUGCAUGGAUGUGUACGGACCCAAGUCAUCUCGGCACCACCACACGGAUGGCGCCUACUUUGGCACAGGCUUCCCUCACAUGCUGUUCAUGGUGCACCCAGAGUACCGCCCCAAGAGGCCCACCAGUCAAUUUGUGCCCCGGUUGUAUGGCUUCAAGAUUCACCCUCUGGCCUACCAACUACAGCAGCAAGUAGCAGCCAACUUUAAAGCGCCGAUUCGAGGCAUGAACUAUGGCAAUGGCAAACGUUGAAGUUUCACUUCACCAACCUCCCUGCAACGCUCACCUCAUGAUGCUUUUGCCACUCCAGCAUCACUUUUCUUUGUCCUCUUCUUGAAGCCCUCUUGUCUACAGUGCUUUGUCAUUGUUCUCCCCAGUUCACUGGAUGUUUGAUUGUCUUGAUACAUCCGUGCACAUGGCCCUUUUGUUUUUUUUAAGACUUGUUAGUUUUAGCAAAGCAUCCUUUGCUUUUCACGACUGGUGAAAGUGAAUUGAAAGCAGUUGUAUGAGUGAUGCUUUGCAAUCUUGACAGCCAUACCUUCAAGGUAUCUCUUUUGUUUAAAACCUCAUCACGUCGAUUGAGAAUCUGAUUGUGCUAUGCUCAUUGGUAUUUUCAAGCUCUCUUGAUUAUCAGCAGCUGGCUCUGUAUGUAACUGCUCAGCUUCAAGUUUACUUCUGGCCUCUUGAUGGUUUAUCACUCGGGUCCUGCAAAACAGCUACUUGUCAGCCACACAGGUCUCAUGUUAAUUGUUGUCUUGCUUUUGCUUUAUUUUUUUUUUCAAAGAGUUCACAAGAAUAAUUUUAGAUUUGUUAUGAGCCCAGCUGCAGAAGUUUACUUUCGUUUAAUUUUUUUAUGUAGGGGGGUGAGUCUUAGACCAAAAGUUUUUAAAAUCUUUAUUCAUCAAGGUAUAGUACUGAAAACUUGUACAUGUAUGUAAUGUGAUAUGCUUAUUUCAAAUAGAAGGUCCAUUUUUGUUUAUCUCCUUUAGGUCAAAGUUUUUACAAGCUUCCUUUAAUGAUCAUCUGCAACGAUUUGCAAGGUACUAUUUCCUGACAUUUUGCUAAACAGCGUACCAGUGGCUUCUGUACGAUUCAAGGAAUGCAAUAAGAGCAUCCUUAUUGCUAUGCCUUACUUAGAACACGAGCUGUGAGGUAUUGAGCUUGAAAUGCGAAAAAGUGUUUUUCUGGUGACUGCCUUUUGACACCUCGCAACUUUUUUUCUAGGUAAGGCAGAGCAAUAAGGUUGGUCUUAUUGCAUUCCUUGAAUCGUAUAGAAGCCAUUGGUACCCUGUAUAGCAAACUUUCAGGAACUGAUAUUUUACAAAUCUUUGCAAAGUUAUUUAAAGGAUGCUUGUAUAAAGUUAGAACCAGAGGAGAUAAGCAAAAAUGGACUGCACAUUCAAAAUAAGCACAUAAACAUCACGUAUAUGUACAAUUUCUCAGCACCGUAUCUCAAGGAAUAAAAUUGUUGUGUUUUUUUCUAAGACCCACUUCCCUCCAUAAUCCUAGUGUAGUUUUUCUAUUGGUGUGCUAGGUCUGUUGUUUUAGCUUAGCUUCUUACAACUGUUACUUUCUUGGGUUCUACAUGCCUUCUGUUAAAUUUUAUGUGCAGAAAUUAGCUCAUCAUAUCUUUCUACAAAGGUUGCGUUCAGUUGGCCAGAAAUGUAUGGAAGAAACAAUAUGCAGUGACUUCUAAUUUUGUCAACGUCUAAUUUUGAGCCAUGAUUAGGGCUCUAGGGCACAUGUGCAUAAGUAUUGUCUUCCAAGCUGAAAGAACAUUUUUGUCCAAAAUACCUAAUGUAUUGAUAUAAGUUGAAUGUGUUUGAAAUUGACGUUUAUGGGAUGUGCUGUAAAGGCCUAGCCAACUUUCAAUACCACUAAUUUUUAUAUCACAGGAAAUGGCUAACCAUGGGAGUUGCGUGUUAAGGGACCUUGUUUCUUUUUUUUUAAUUAUUAUUCUUUGUUAUUACUACUACUACUUCAAACACUUGUAGAUGGUGUUUGAUGUUUCUGAAGAUAGGAUGACAUCUGCCACACUUGACAUAGCUACACGAUGAUGAUUAGGCAUUCACUUGGAGGUUAUGUCUGCUGUACCUCCUAGUGGACGCUGUAGGUACGUUGCCAAUCAUGUCAGCCAGUCGUGCUGUCAGUGUAUCAAAGGACCACGUCAAUACACAACACUCACAACUGUGGGUGCUAAGGUCACUCCAUAGCCGCUUCACCAAAGCGCACAUGGUGCAGCCUGCUGCAUGCUCUGAAAACAGUAAGAAAUACCUAGAAUCCUAAAUUACUGUCCAGGUACUACUGGUCCGGCACAGUGGCCAUGAAUUUUUGAGCGUGAUAGUCUUGGUUCACCAUUUAUUUACAUAGUGUUGGUAAUUUUGCUAGCAGCCAGUAAUAAAAUAAUGCUUGCCGAAGUACUGAAGCGAUGAUGCAGAUACUUGAAUAUAGCCUGAAACAUGUGUUACUGAGGUGCUGUGCCAGUGGUUAUUGCCCAGUUGUAUUGCUCACUCUUGGUGAAUAGGAAGGUCUCACUGUUCUUGAGGAGUGUCAGCUAAGUGCAGUUUUAUGCAAGAAUGGCUUGUUGCAUGUCAUGCUAAGUGUAAAAAGCCUGUGAGAAAGCAGUAGUUUAACUUGCAGAUACACAAUUUUCCUUGAGCCAGCUACGCAAACUUGGGACUUUGUCUUGACAGUUGCAUGUUAUAGGGAUACCAAAAAGUUUACUUGAUUCAGGCUGGUAAAGUAAACGCUGUUUUAUUGAUUUUGUGGGAAAAGGUUGAUUAUUACCUCACUCCCCUUUUUGGAAUUUCACGGCAACACCUGGUACGUUGGUGAGAUAUUGUGCAUCUCAAUAUAUUUGCUGCUCAUGGUGUUAAGGCCAUUUUGGAACUUGCUUCUUUAGAGAAGGAAAUUUCUUUACAUGUUUGCAUCUUUUUUUUACUUGCCAAGCCUGUAGUCAUGGUAAGAGUGGCCAUUUUGCUGCAGCUUGAACCUAACUGUUGCCUAGCUCUUUAGUGUCCCUUUUAUUUACAAAUAUCUCCACCUUUCAUCAUGUUGACUUCAGCUGUCCUUUGAUGAUUGUGUUGUUAAUGUGGCUAAUAGAUGUUGUUAAUUUGGCUAAUAGAGCUACAGCUGAGCCUUGUGUGACUUGCUCUGCACCAGAAUGUCCGAGCGAAAUUUUUUUAAUAAAGUGGAUAAGGUAUGCUGGAAUACUUGAAAAA